CCGAACGCCGUCCUCAAGUCAGACACGAAGACUUUAACGGGCCUGGGGCGACUGGGCUGUCCCCCUGCUCCCUGCACAGAGUAUUUACUUUACGGUAGCUCGAGGACGGUUCUGUCCCAUCAGGACUCAGGUGACGCGUUACAGACUCACAAUGAUCCGUCCUGUUCAUAUGCUACAGAGACACCGAUGAUAUCUGGUGACUUGCCUGUGGGCUUAGAUACACAGACUAAUCCAAUGAGAGGGGACUGGAACCAGUACAGCAGUAGUGUAUACUCUGAAGGGUUCCUAGAUAAGAAAGGGGAGGGUCUGGUCGUAGAUGAGGUGACUGUGAAAGUGGAGAGCGAUGCUCCUUUGACAUGGAAUGCAGACGAGACUCACUUAGGAAAAGGACACUCGCAGGGCAACACAAGUGACUUCUUAGACUACAGGGAAAGCUUAGAGACAAAUCUAAAUGUCGCAACCAACUCCCCUUUACACCGAGUGACCAUGUUGAUGGCACCUUCCAAUUCACAAGGCAGCAUCCUUUUCGAUCAGGUAUCGAACUCAAAUGAUCAAAAGGCUAAGGAGCGGGAAGGGGCAGCAACAACGGGUGGUAAAGAGAAGCGGUUCCUCUGCAUGUUCUGUAACAAAGGCUUCAGCUGUUCCCAGAAGGUGGAAAUCCAUCAGAGGGUCCACACAGGGGUGAAACCCUUCACCUGUACCCAGUGUCACAUGCGCUUUGCCCAUGCGGGCAACCUGAAGAGGCACCAGAGGGUCCACACAGGGGUGAAACCCUUCAGCUGUACCCAGUGUCACAUGUGCUUCGCCCAGGCUGGUGACCUGAAGCGGCAUCAGAGGGUGCACACAGGGGAGAAACCCUACAGCUGUACCCAAUGUCCCAUGCGCUUCGCCCAGGCAGGUGACCUGAAAAGGCACCUGAAGGUCCAUAUGUGAGAAGACCAUUUGCCUGUACGCACUGCAGGAAGAGGUUCUCGGAAAGGAGCUACCUCAGGAUACACCAGCAGAAAAAACACUCCACUCCAUAUCUUCUGACGUUUAGAUCAAACCCUGCAUUAAAGGCAAAGAUUAAUUUUGAUUGUUGUUAACAGAAAAGAUCCGCAGAUGCAUUUGGAAUAAAGAAAGUAACCAAUUUCAGUGUUGAAUAUUCCUGAAUAGAAUAUUGCAUCCAUACAUUGUGUGAUAUUUCAGCCUAAAAAGUCUGUUACAUAUUGUUUUUGUACUGUGUAGGCUAUAUGACGUCCGCAAAUGCAUGUUUCAUUACUUCCAUCCUCAAUAAAAAAUUUCCCAAGACACUUUUAAUA